CUACACAAAAACCGGAACAUAAGAUGCGGCCGGAUGCAGCAAAAAUGCUGGCGGACCACUCACAAAACUCUUCUCUGGUCAUAAGAAACGGACUUGGCUGAGGACUCGUUUGAAGAAAUCUUGACUUUUGCCCUUAACGAAGUGCCCAUUGAGAGAGGAUGAAUCCAGAACGACAAAGCAAACAGUGUGGUUCGCCAUCAGCUGCCCAUCAAAUCUCUGCAUCUGAUGGUAGCGACGAUGGAUCUGCUGCGAAUCCCUCUUCUUUCGAACAAAGCAUACAACCAGCAUCCUUGUUAACUGAGACUUCAAAGGAGUAUGUGGAAUUUGCAAACGAGAAGGAUCACUUGGCCCAAGACGACGAUCUCUCUCAGUUGACCGAAGAUCUUUCUCGAGGGCGCAGUGUUUGCCUGAGCUCAGCAUCGGAUGACACUGGGUCAUCAGCAGAGCUUAGUAGUUGUUUCAGCGCAAUCGAAGACAGCUGUAGCGACAAGAAAGACAAGACCACUCCCAGGCGAACGCGCUUGGGCAACCUUCAGGAUAUUCACUUGGUCGAUUUGCAGCCCCAGUCUACGACGCUUUGGUCGCGCUGUAAUCUUGUACCUGUGAUACAACCCUGCGAUGCUUCCCAGAAGAGAGGAUUUCGUCGUGUUAUGCAAGCGGUGUCUCUUGGUUCAGACGACGGCAGCAGCGCAAGCAUGAAACGCAAACGAGGACUUCGUCGGUACACCGUCGCUGCAAACAGGAACACUGCUUCGAAGAAGCCUCAAAGAGGGCUAAGACGCUACACCAUUGCGGCUACCGCUACCACCAUCACCACCACCGCUACCCAUUCAAACAACAGCGAACGACGGCUCGGACGCUCUUCCAUCGUCACAAGGAACAACAUCAAGAUACCAAGGAGGGGGCUUCGAGACUCUUCCAUCGCCACGGUUAGUACUGCAAGCAUCGAUACUUCGCAGCCGCAGCCGCCAUCACCUUCAAGUCGUCGUGUGUCUUGCAACGCUGGCAAGCGGCAGCGUGGAUUGCGGAGAACGUCCAAGCCUGAUGCGACGAAGAACGCAGAUGCUGAAACAGAGGACUCCCGGACCCCAGCAAGAAAACAUUGCACCACAGUCGUAAGUCACGCUGGCAAUGGAUCCGUAGCUACGAGCGAAGAACUCCAUUAUUUCAUGCCAUUAGAUGGCAUCCAGCCUCUGCCCCCUGCCACCGCUCUGCGAAGAUUCAAUCGACAGAGAAUGGUACCUGGAGCUCACGCUGUGCCAGGGGAUGGCAUCACUUUCUCUUUGCCAGACCCUCCAACACAAGGAGAUAUAGAGUUUGGCGUGAUGCAGUUGCACUCAGAUCAAGCGCCGCAAACAGACAACCGUGGUUUGGUAGAGGCCGUAAUGGUAUCGGAAAGAAACAUGCCUGUGGCCAUUCCAGUUCCUGAUUGCAAAAAGCACAACAAGGUAGCUCCUCGAAGAAUUACUUGGCUUUGGGUGGUCCUGCCGCUUUUGGCUCUCAUCAUAACUGUUUCCACUGCUGCGAGCAUUGCAUGCCAGCACUUAGCCAACGGCACGGCCAACAAACAAAGCCUCCCAGACCAAGAUUUCAACCAUCACAACCAAGUCAAGCUGGCAAUUCAAACUAUCUUCGGGGAUGAUUACUUCGAGGGAAACAACGAAGACCUGGAAUACAAGAAAACAGCACUCCAAUGGAUUGUCAACGACGACCCCAUGCAGCUACAGCCUGACGAAGGGCAUCUCAUUCAGAGAUUUGUGCUUUCCAAGUUUUACUUUCAGACUUCAGCAAAGGGGCCUUGGGACUACUGUGGUCAACCCACAAAGCUGCAGCAAAACCCUCUCUGCCACUAUGGGCAACACUUCAGUGAGUAUUGGGCGAGUAUGUGGCUUAGCCAGGAUCACGAAUGCCUGUGGGCUGGGAUCACUUGUCAUUGGGGCGCUGGAAACGAAAGGAAUGUAGUGGAAGUGGCGCUUGUGUCCAACAACUUAAGGGGGUCACUUCCAUCUGAGAUAAAUUUCCUGUCUCAUCUAACAAGACUGUACCUUGCAUCCAACAUGUUGGAGGGAAGUCUCUCAGAGCUUGUUGUCGGUGAUCACUCCUUGCCUGGAACCAUACAAACCCUUCACCUUGGAGGUUGUUCCCUCACUGGAACUCUCCCUCCUGAGAUAUUUGACCCCCUAAAAUUCCCAAACCUCUCCUAUUUCAAUCUCAGGGACAAUCCAUUAACAGGCACAAUUCCAAGGGAAGUGGGAUUGUUCCAAGGCACACAUCUUGAUGUAUCGGAGACCUUUCUCGCCGGUAUUAUACCUUCUGAGAUUUCUCAAGCAAGCAAUCUGCUGCAAUUGUUCCUUGGUGGAAAUUUGUCAGGAACUAUUCCCAGGGAGAUUGGUUGGUUGAAAAGCCUGCAUUAUCUUGUUCUUCCAGGAAACUCUUUGCUAGAGGGGGAAAUUCCAUCUGAGCUGGGCUUACUGGAAAACCUCAUGGUAUUGCACCUUGGAGACACUGGACUCAAUGGAACUCUCCCAGAGGAGUUCUACACAGGGUCUUUCCAUCAUAGACUUUACAAUGUGGACCUUGGCAACUGCCAGUUCACCGGCACUAUCAGCACCAGUAUAGGGCUACUGACAACUCUUCUGUGGCUUGACAUGAGCAAAAACUUAUUUUCGGGAGAGGUUCCCGGUGAACUUGCUUCUUUGACUCGCUUGCAGCAAUUGCGGCUAGAAGGAAACCACAACCUGAAAGGAUCAAUUCCAGAGGGAAUUUGUUCCAUUCUGCCAGCAAAUGAUGCCAAUGUUGCUGUUGACUGUAUGCCAGAAGGGGGUACCGGUAUUCCUGAUGUUGCUUGUCCAGAGAAUUGUUGUACAACCUGCUGCGAUUCUACUGGCACUUGCUUUGAAGUAUGAUUGAGUUCAGUGGCUGCUAGAGUUUGUAUCUAACCAGAUGUCGCUCCUAACUAAACUGCAUUGUAACUAGCUAGAUUUCUGGAUUCAGGAUGAUUGAUUUGCUGAGCAGUUUCAGCUUGAACCAGUGGUCAACUAGCUGUCAUUCAAAGGUUUCUUUGAGCGAGACGGCACUCUUUUUGGGCUCAGGGUUGAUCCCCUAUUAGACUCUUUUCUGAGGGUAGCUCUGGUCGCUGGCUUUGUCAUAUUGCCAGUAGGCCUGGGUGACAAGCUUUUGGCUGGUCGCCUAAUCAUUUGUCCAUUGGUCCUCUCCAUUGGGCUCCUUGAUGUCAUCUCCUUGAGUGAAUUGCUAGAUUGACUGCCCUCUUUUGGAGUAGAUUGGUUUUUUGAUGACUCAGACUGAGAAAGUGAUGCACUCUGUAAACACAGGCCCUGCACACCAAGACCAUUGCGUGUCCUUUGAUGCUGGAUCAUUUUUCUACCUGAGCUGAAUUCCUCCAAAAUUUUGGUUUUGACUUUAAGGGCUUUGAGGGCUUCCAGAGCCUUUUUGUUGUUGAUGGUAUCCAAUGUUAUGCAUUGCAAGGAUGAUGCCCGUUCCAACGGGCAAGAUUGCACUUUUGAAUGUGAUGAUACAGACAACGUGGAUGGUGCUCGCUGCAAAGAUAGCCUCUGCAUGCUGCCAGUGCAGCUGCCAUGAUUUACCUUCCCUCUCUCAGUGGACCUUUCUUUGUCCAAAUUUUUGUUUUGGGCUUUGAGGGCCUCCAAAACUGCUUUAUUGUCAAUUUUUUGCAUGGAUGCUGCCCGUUGCAGUGGGCAAGGUUGCACCCUUAAAUUUGAUGAUAUGGAUCGACUGGAUACUGCUUGCUGCAAAGAUGGCCUCUCCAUGCCAGCCCUGGUCGCUAUGCUGACACGAUUUACCUUUCCUCUGGCAAUGGACCUAGACCUAUCAUUGGCUUUGUUCUUUUCUUUCGGGGCUUCCAAUACUUGUUUAUUGUUGAUAGUUUGAACCAUGUCACUGGUGGUUGGCUGUAUGCAUCUUGCGGAUGAUGCCGGCUCCAGUGGCACCUUUGAGCAUGAUGGUUGCAAGGAUGACGCACGCUGCGAGGAGGGAUUCUGAAGGUUAGCUCCAGACUUGGAACUCUCGUACCCAGCAGUCCCAUUGAUGUCACCAGUGGACCUUGCUUUUUCCAAAAGGAUGUUUUUCGUGUGCAGGGCUUCCGCAACCUUGUCGUUGCACAUCUCAAUCAUCUUGAUAGUCUCCGAUGGCAUUCCCUGUGAGGAUUCUGAAUGUGAUGAAACGGAUUGAAUUGAUGAUGCACGCUGCAUGGGGCGAUUCUUCUGCCUGGCUCCGGUACUUGCACUUGCGCUUUCGAAGGUUUGCUUAACUGUUGUGAAACCAGUGUUUUGAGCUUUGAGGGCUUGAGCUUCUUUGUUGCUACCGGUAGGUUUGACCAUAUCACUGGAGAGUGGUAUGCAGAGCAUCGAUGAUGCCCGCUCCAGCGGUGCUUGCUCCAAUGGGUAUUUUGGCCCAGUAGAACAUGAAGAUACAGAUUGUGCAGAUGAUGAAUGCUGCAAGGAGGGUUUCCUUAGGCCAGUCUUAGGACUUGUACUCUUGUGGUAACUUGACCUCGCUUUUUCCAAACGACUGAUGACUUUUGAGGGCUUCAGCGCUUCUCUAGUGUUUGCCUCGCAAAUUGCACCGGUUGUGGAUGGCGCUUGCCCCAAAGGAGAAGCUGGAAAAUUUGAGCAUGAUGACACAGAUCGAGCAGAUGAAAAGCGCUCCAAGGAGGGUUUCCUUGGACUCUUGCAGUAAUUGGACAUCACUCGUCCUUUGGCCUUCUGCGAUUCUGGCACUUCUUUGGUUUUGGCUUCAACUAGAUCACCCGUGGAAGAUGGAACACAUCGCAUCGAUGAUGCUCUUUCAAAUGGACACGCUUUUGAAGCAGAUGAUGCACGAUGCAAAGGCGGUUGCUUUGGAGCAGAAUCGGUGCUUCCCUUGCAGUUUUCAGCGCUGCUAAAUGCUUCAGAUUGCGGUCCAUGGUCGAGAUGGAAGUUCGGUUCAGCAGCUGCGACGCUUAUUUGUCCGCUUUUUUGCUUCUUUUCGGCAUCUGCCAUCAAUUCUCCUAGCUUGUUUCGGAUUGCUGCAUUUGUUGCGGCGAGAUGUGUUGCCACUACCGCCUUGGCACACUCUUCACUGAAAAGAUCUGAAACGUUCUCUCUGUUCUUGGUGGUUUCCGCGACCGCAACUUUUAGGCGGGAUAAUCGAGAGCUCAAAGUAUCAAAUUCUCCUUUCAUACGCUCAAUAAUGCUAUCUUUCUCUGUCAGAAGCUGCUCCGACGAGGCAUCAGGCCCGCGACGAGCUACCUCCGCCAAUGAUUGGAUCGAUUCGUUCAACUUCAUAGCCUUGGUUGCCGCAUCUUGUUUGGUUCGCCUCAGCUCUUUCUGGAUACGUGUCUUCUCGAGGAUCAAAUCGUCUUUAUCUCUUUUCAGGCGAGAACAGUGCUUGUUUGCCGUUACGACAAGCUGUUCGCAAAACGCAAUCUUCGUUUUGGCUUCCUCCAGGGCCCUUUUAAGUUCUUGAUUUUUAGCUACAAGGUCCUCAUUCUUUUGCAUAAUCUGGGCCAAUGAAGCAGUCAGGGCACUACUCGCAAGAGCAGCACCAUUCGACUGCUGCAGUUGCGGUUCCACACUGGAAAGGGUAUUCUCAAUUGGCAACUCCAACAGAACAUGGUCCCUCUUGCCACCUUGUUUGCUGUGGGACGCAGUAACCAACAUUUCUUCUUCGGCACUGUUGAAACUGCAUACCGGUAGUGUGCUACGUGGAGAGAUAGCCCUUGUACUAAGGUGCUCACUUCCGUUCUUCAACGGUGCCGAAUUGGGACCGACAACCAUCUUACGAGUACCACUUUGACGACGAGGUGUCCAUUCUCUUUUCCCAUCCUGGUUGGGGUUCAUAUUACAUAAACCUUCAUCGGGCAGAGUUGCUUCAAUGACACGAACAACGCUGUCAGUGUGACCCUCUUUGGACUUCAGCGCACAUUUUUUGGCAGUACCUGCCGCCAAAUGCAGAUCCAAGACUGUUGUGUCGAAAGACCCAAUUGACGUUGCUUGACCACCACCUGUAUCAUUGAAACAAGAAAUUCGAAUUGGUUGUUUCAAACCUCCCUCCCCAUGGCAUAGUAAGAGCAUUGGUAUUGCAGCUGAUUUCCAGAUAGGAUCCAAGCUGCCGUUCACGGUUUCGGAGCGAUGCAAUAAUUUCCAU